GCCGGCGGGGCGGUGGCGCGUUCACGUGCUGACGUGCAAAAUAUUGAUUCGGGGUGGUGCGGUGGGACCCAGAAUGACGAGGCUAGUCUCCGUGAAAAUGGAGAGAGGCAAAUUAAUUAUUCAAGUGAGUUACUACUUGUCUGCAGCUGCAUGUGCACACUCUUCUGUUUCAAGCUCAAGCUCUUCUUAAACGUCUUAUGCAUAAUAACAAUUUCUACUACCACAACAGUUAGCUUAGGAGGGAGCAAUGGCUUCUAUGGCGAGAGGCGCCAAGAGACGCCACGCUGUAAUAAGUAAAAAAAUGCUCAUCCUCUUCUCCGCUUCCCUCUCAUGCGUCGUCGUUUUGGUUAUUUUUUCUCUCUUCAGAUUCCACUCUCCCAAACCCCCAAUUUCAAUUUCAAUUUCUCGCGUCGUCUUCGAUGGCCCUCCCAAGAUCGCUUUCUUGUUCCUCGUUCGCCGCAACCUCCCUCUCGAUUUCCUCUGGGACGCUUUCUUCCAGAACGGUGACGUUUCGAGAUUCUCUAUUUACGUUCAUUCGGCGCCGGGGUUUGUGUUGGAUGAGUCAACCACCAGGUCACAACUCUUCUACGGUCGACAAAUCAGUAACAGCAUUCAGGUUUUAUGGGGAGAAUCAAGUAUGAUUCAGGCUGAAAGAUUGUUACUAGCAGCAGCUUUAGAGGACCAUGCAAAUCAAAGAUUUGUUCUUCUCUCGGAUAGCUGUGUUCCUCUGUACAACUUUUCCUACGUGUACAAUUAUCUCAUGGUUUCUCCAAGGAGUUUCGUGGACAGUUUUCUUGAUGCAAAGGAGGGCCGCUACAACCCAAAAAUGUCAACUAAAAUACCAAGGGAAAAAUGGCGUAAAGGGUCACAGUGGAUCACUGUUGUUCGUAAGCAUGCAGAAGUGAUUGUAGAUGAUGAUGUUAUCUUUUCUGUCUUUAAGAAAUAUUGUAAGAGACGUCCACCAAUUGAUACAAGCAAGGGAAAGCUGAAUCUGAAACUUCAGAAGCAGCACAAUUGUAUUCCAGAUGAACACUAUGUGCAGACAUUGCUUGCAAUGCAUGACCUUGAAGGUGAACUUGAACGUAGAACACUGACCUAUACCCUAUGGAACCAGUCUACAACAAAAAUGGAGAAUAAAGGCUGGCAUCCUAUUACUUUCGGCUAUUCAAAUGCUAGCCCUCAAAGGAUAAAGGAAAUAAAGGGCAUCAACCAUGUUUAUUAUGAGACUGAGUACCGGAUAGAAUGGUGUCAUACCAAUUCCACAUCCGUUCCGUGCUUUUUGUUUGCUAGGAAAUUCUCUCAGGGAGCUGCUAUGCGCUUGCUGAGCCAGGAAGUUGUUAACCACUUUGAAGUUUCUGCACUGUUAGCCACUCCCACAUGACUUUGAAGCUCCUCUCUUUAGCCUAUACUGAUUACUCACUAACCUACGUAGACAUAUACUUCAGACGUCAAAUGGGAUUACUACAAAGCUUCGAUCGGCAUACUCCACACAAAGAUUUUGAUGGGAUUACUAUACAGCAUACUCCACACAAACAGAUUUUCAAGACAAAAAUUGGGCAAGUAGCUGCCGAUUGGAUGUUAUGAGCUGAUAGGACCAUUUUAUCUGGCUUAGUGAGAGGGCUUAUACAGUAUACCACAAUUUUAAAACAAUAAUCACACGAAAUAGCAACUUAUAAUAUAGAAAGAGGGGAAAUCUGGAAAUUUUAUUUUGGAUAGUUGGAAUUCUCAUGGCAGAUUGAAAAUAAGGCUCUCUUCCUUCCCUCUCCUUGGCCAUCAAUGUCCAAGAGGGGAAGGUCUUGCUAGGGACAUGCUUGCCAAACCAUGACACUGGGGUCGUGUGGUGUCUUCUGAACCCUCAUCCCUAAUGUUAGGGCCAUGGAAUUCACCCUAUGUGCCAUGUCACGUUAGUAUGGGUAUUUUUUUCUUCCGAACUGUUCAGGGUAGGGGCCGUUCGGAUUGACUCAAAUGUGAUACUCAAAUCACAUCAAUUAAAUUGGUUUCAUGCAUA